UCAAUCCUGUCUUCUCCAACAAAACAACUACUGUAGCUCUCUCUCACAAACACUUUUGCAUUAAUAAAUCUUCUUCUUUCUUCUUUUCUCUGUAUCGUUGAUUCUCAUAAUAGAACCUCUCUCUCGAAUUCGUGGUUUUUUUUUGUUUUUUGAGCUAUCAUCAGAUUCUUCUCGAGUUGCUUAAUUUGGUUUAAUCAGAUAGUGUUCGUCUUUGAUCUAUCGCCACUAGAUUUGUUUGCUCAUAAUUUCAUAUAUUUUGCAAUUCUCGGCUUAUGGUCUCGAGGUACUAUUGUUAUUAUCUCCUUAUUGCUUGUAGGAUCUGAUCCAGUUCGCUUUUAUUCUCUCUGAUCGUUCGUGAUCUCUCGAUUUCCUUCUAUUUAGGUUUAUUGGAUUUUCAUGUCGUUGGUUUUGAUUACUGUUUGGAAUUAUUUUGCCUGUUUGUGAAUCCAAUUGCAUUGUUUUGAUGAAGGAUUUGUUUCUUGUUGUUGAGCUCGUUAAUGGGAAUGAGUAAUGGUCACGGAGCAUUUGCACCUGGUUUAUUUGGGGAUACUGCCCUGUUUUGGUAUUGGUGCAGUGUCAGGAAAUUGAUUAUCAAAGAACUUUUUUCCUACGAAGAUUUUUUUUUUUUUUUUUUUGCUUUUGCACUGAGGAGAGGGGACGAGGGAAGAUGGCAAAGAUGAUAAAUAAGACGCUUAUUCUAACUUAUAUCUACUUGCUCAUCUACAUUAUACUUUCUUCUGGAGUUAUACUGUACAAUAAGUGGGUUUUAUCCCCAAAGUACUUCAAUUUUCCACUUCCUAUAACGCUGACAAUGAUCCAUAUGGGUUUUGCUGGAUUCGUGGCUUUCCUUCUUAUUCGCGUGUUCAAGGUUGUAGCUCCGGUUAAAAUGACAUUUGAAAUAUACGCAACCUGUGUGGUACCUAUAAGCGCAUUCUUUGCAUCAAGUCUCUGGUUUGGCAAUACUGCGUAUUUGCACAUUUCUGUUGCCUUCAUUCAGAUGCUUAAAGCUCUAAUGCCAGUAGCAACAUUUAUCAUGGCAGUUGUUUGCGGCACUGACAAACCAAGGUGCGACGUGUUCUCGAACAUGUUGCUGGUCAGUGUUGGAGUUGUGAUAUCCUCUUAUGGGGAAAUUCAUUUCAAUGUCGUUGGCACAGUCUACCAGGUGACAGGCAUCUUUGCUGAAGCACUUAGACUGGUGCUAACUCAAGUUCUUCUCCAAAAGAAGGGUUUGACAUUGAACCCUAUUACCAGCUUGUAUUACAUAGCUCCCUGCAGUUUUGUUUUUCUGGCCUUACCUUGGUAUGUGUUGGAGAAACCCACAAUGGAAGUUGCACAGAUCCAAUUUAACUUCUGGAUAUUCUUCUCCAAUGCUCUAUGUGCUCUUGCCUUGAACUUCUCCAUAUUCUUAGUAAUCGGGAGAACAGGUGCAGUAACCAUCCGGGUGGCUGGUGUUCUCAAAGACUGGAUUCUCAUAGCCCUCUCGACUGUCAUUUUUCCUGAGUCCACAAUCACUGGGCUGAAUAUCACUGGAUACGCGAUAGCGCUAUGUGGUGUCGUUAUGUACAAUUACAUAAAAGUAAGGGAUGUCAAGGCGUCUCAACCAAUUCCUGACAGUCUUCCAGAUCGAAUCAAUAAGGAGUAUAAGAUGGAGAAGAAGUCUUCGGAUAAAUUCAAUCCUAACGACAUUGUGGAAAUCCCAAGAGUAGGAGCUGAGAUAAACGACGAGGAAGCCCCUUUGAUCACGGCCCGGUUGUCUCAUAUUGGUCGGACACAGCUCGGAAAUCACGCGGUCUAAGAUGUUAAUAUACACGUAUAAUAGUCAUUUUGCNUCCCAAUUUUUUUUUUUUUUUUUUUUUUUUUUGUUACUUAAAAAAUGAAACCGAAAAAGAAGUUGCUGCAGCAUCUAGACCGUCUGUCUCGGUGUCUCAGGUGAAAAAUGUCCCUUCAAAAUCUAAAUUUAUUAUGAAAUAGAAUAGCGGAGAUUAUUACCGACGAUUAUUAGCUUGAAAAACGUCAGAGUCGUGUAUUCGUUUGUAGUGAAUUGACGUUUACAGUUAUAUAUUUAUGGUCUUCA